AUGUCCCCGUCAGACGCAGAUCCGUUACAGUCACGGCACGCGCAAAUGUCCCCCACUACCUCCCCCCCCAACCACCGCCGAACGCAGAGCAGCGGAACCUUUCUCUGGGGGGGCGGAAUGAUGGGGGGACUUCCGCCCACUAGCCCCCGAACCAGCGCGUUUGGCGCGGGUUUUGCAGGUAGCGGCGCGCAUUUGCCCCCGCUGAGCCCCAGGGCGGGCGGAAAGGGUGGCGGCGGGCCCUGCCCUUUGCCCAGCCCCAUUGGGCGGAGCAAAACGACUGGCGGAAGCUCCUCAAGAAUUUCCGCGGGUGGUCCGCUCGCUGACGUGGCUAGCCUCCCCAGAAGCCGUACUUCGUACGCGGCGAUGGGGGAAGGCGGAGGGGGGGGAGGAGGGGGAGCGGGGGGAACGGGGGGUGGGGGACGUGGGGGAUUGGCGGGAGAAGGCAGGGCGGCAGGCGGAGGGGGGCACUUCCCGUUACUGAAUCGGGGGAAGGGCAUGGGGGGAGGGGGUGGCGGGGUGCCUCGCAGCGCGAGCAGCGGAAACGUGGCGGGAAUGGGGCAGAGUGGCGCGAGCAUGGGGUUUACUCCCACAAUGGGUACGAAGCUUGAUGCUGGGAUGGGGGGAACAGGGGUGCCUCGCAGCGCGAGCAGCGGAAACGUGGCGGGAAUGGGGCAAAGUGGGGCGGGCAUGGGGGUGAGCGGCGCGGGAAUGGGAUUCACCCCCACCAUGGGUACGGUGCUUGAUCCUGCGCGUGGGGGUAGCGGGGUGCCUAGAAGCGCGAGCAGCGGGAAUAUGGCGGGGAACAUGGCCGGCGGCAUGGGGGGCGGCAUGGGCGGCAGCAUGGGGUUCACUCCCACCAUGGGCACGGUUCUUGGAAGCGCAGGGGUGCCUAGAAGCGCCAGCAGCGGGAAUAUGGGCGGCAUGGGCGGAACUGGCGCGGGCAUGGGCGGGAGCACCGCGGGCAUGGGCGGGAGUGGCGCAGGGACAAGGCUCAGUGGAUUGGGAUUGGGCUCACCUGGUGCACAUAAAGGGGGGACGCACAGGAGAACAAGCAGCGUUAGCAGCGGUGGUGGUGCUGCUGGUGCUGCUGGUGCUGCUGGUGGUGUUAUGCAACAGCAGCAUGGGUACGGCCUGAGCAGCCCCAGCAGCACUGGCAUCAUUGGACGACAUAGGAGAUCGGCAAGUACAAGUCACCAGCCUGAUUCCACCUCCACGAACCUUUUUGACACCAGCAGGAACCUUCCUGAUAGCAGCAGGCCCAAGGGGUUCCGGACGCCGAGAAUCGUGCUUCCCCAUCACGACAACAUCAGCCCUGCCACGUCACCGCACUCCACCAGCCCACGUGGCAGCAGCAGCAGCCUCGCUCCCAGUGACACGUCACUCAAGUCGCCCUACACCAGCCCGCCCAACGCCAGUCCACAGCCCGAGCCUCCGCAGCCCGAAGCUGAGAAGCCCGAGCCUCCCCAGCCCCGGCAUCAUCCGAACCGGCAGCUCAAGUCCGGGAGGCAACGCCGCGAGCAACUUAAUCGGCUUCUCCUCGCCGACUUACCUCCCUAG